UGUGUUUUUUUGGACCCCCUCUGUUUCUUAUCUAUAUUCUAGAAUCUUAAAAUUUAUUUUUUAUAUUAUUGUUUUACACCAAGAAGUGUGUAUUUGUGUGUGUUUUUGAAGCUAGUAACACAUAAAGCACAAUUUUUUCUCAUUCCCAUCAUUAAUUAAGAAAUACCCAGGCCUGAAUAUCCCAUAUGAAUCUGGUAAAACCCCCUGAUUCGAAAUAUAAAAACUCGUGAAAUCAAGAAAUGGGAUGUUCUUCAUCAAAGUUGGAUGAUGAAGAAGCUGUACAACUCUGUAAAGAUCGAAAAAACUUUAUCAAGAAAGCUGUCGAACAACGAACCAAAUUCGCUUCUGGUCAUAAAGCUUAUCUUCAAUCACUUAGAAGAGUUUCUGCUGCCCUUAAAGAUUACGUAGAAGGUGAUGAACCCCGUGAAUUCUCAUUAGACUCCUUUGCUACACCACCAUUUCCAACAAACAAAAAAACUGCACCAAGAUUCAUCACCAUUUCACCAAAUUCAUUCACCAUUGAACAGCCAAGAGUUAACUAUCUUAGAUCAGGUGGAAACCCGUCAGUUUUUGUAGAAGAAAGGCUACCCGAGUCACCGGAAAUAGCAAGAGUCGAGUCAUAUAACCAGUCACCCGCUUACCAAUAUGCAGCUGAUAGUUUCUUUGGUAUGCAAUCACAAUCACCACCUUCGUCCAUUUUUAGUUACAGUAGACCAAAUUUACCGCCACCUUCACCUCAAAGAUCAUCACCGUGGGAUUUCUUAUGGAAUCCAUUUGCGUCUUUGGAUUAUUCCGGGUAUUCCACAAGAAACAGUAUUCAUCAAAGUGUUUUUGAUGAGCAACAAGUUAGAGAAGAAGAAGGCAUUCCAGAGCUUGAGGAAGAAACCGAACAUGAGUUUGAAAUAGAUCAUAACCAUAUUCAUAGAGUGAACAGGAGAUCAAACAUUCAUGUGAAUCAUGAUCAUAGAGAUGAAGUAACAGUUGAAGAUGUUGAUGAUGAUGAUGACGAUGAUGAUGAGUUUGAAACGGAUAGUGGGGAGGAAACUGACUCUGAACAUGAACUAGAAACGCCACCCUUGGUGAGUAAAACUCAAAAUCUCGAGGUUUCAAAGGCGGAGAGUUCGGGGAAGGUUGUGAAUAAUGGGAAGGGAGAUGCCGUUGCAAAUCAUGAAAGGAGCAAAAGCGAAGGAACACCAGGGUUCACGGUUUAUGUGAACCGUAGACCAACAAGCAUGUCAGAAGUUAUUAAAGAUCUUGAAGCUCAGUUCAUGAUCAUUUCUGAUUCAGCAAAAGAGCUUUCGGUUAUGUUAGAGGCUAAUCGGGCUCAGUACGCUUCAACGUCACACGAACUCACAGCUAUGAAGAUCUUGAAUCCAAUGGCAUUAUUGCGGUCUGCAUCGUCUUCUCGCUCAAACUCAUCAAGAUUCUUGAUGAAUUCUUCUGGCAGUUCAAAAGAAGAUGGUUAUGUUAGCAGCAGUGAUUUAUCUGACGAUUCGUGUAUCUUUCACAACAGUCAUCAAUCGACUCUUGACAAACUAUAUGCUUGGGAGAAAAAACUGUACCAGGAAGUUAAGGCUGGUGAACGAAUUCGUAUAGCGUAUGACAAAAAAUGUGCUCAACUUAGGAACCAUGAUGCUAAAGGUGAUGAUCAUUCAUCCCUUGAUAAAACAAGAAAUGCCAUUAGAGAUUUGCAUACACAGAUUAAGGUUUCAAUACACUCGGUUGAAGCUGUAUCAAAAAGGAUUGAAACUUUAAGGGAUCAAGAACUGCAGCCACAGCUUCUCGAAUUGAUCCAAGGUUUAUCAAGAAUGUGGAAGGUAAUGGCCGAGUGUCAUCAAACUCAGAAACGAACACUAGAUGAAGCCAAGAUUUUACUAGCGGGGACACCUUCCAAACCCAAAAAGUACACACAGGGUCACCCUAGUGAGCCACACCGGCUAGCCCGCUCUGCUACCAAUCUUGAAUUCGAAUUACAAAAUUGGAAAGUUAGUUUCGAGUCGUGGGUCACUUCUCAAAAAGCCUACAUUCACGCGAUUACUGGCUGGCUACUAAGGUGCAUUGGGUCAAACUCCAAUAACACCACAAAAUUCCCAUUCUCACCUCGAAGGUCUAGUGGUGCCCCACCAAUAUUUGGGCUGUGCAUCCAAUGGGCUAGACUACUUGACUCAAUCAGUGAGGUCCCUGUGCUAGACGGGCUAGACUUUUUUGCAGCAGGGGUUGGUUCUUUAUAUGUACAGCAGCUAAAAGAAGGAGGUGGUGGUAGUUCAGGCCUUGGAUCGUCAAAGCGGUAUGGUAGCAGCUCCGGGAUGGAGAUGGUGGAGAGCGGGCGUCAAGAUGAGGAGGAAACUGUGGAGAAAAUGGCUGAAGUCGCCAUUAGAGUGUUGUGUGCUGGAAUGUCAGUUGCUGUUAGUUCAUUAACAGAAUUUGCUCUAUCUUCUGCUCAAGGAUAUGCUGAUUUGAUCAAGCAGUGGGAGAGUGCCACGUAUCCAGAAAGUAGUAAUGGGUCCAAGGUGUAAUUUCUGGGGAUUUUUGUGUUUGUAUUUGCUUUUGGGGUAGUUAGUUUUGUUAGGUGUAAUUAGUUAAAGAAUAUUAUAUUCUUUUGUGUCUUAUAUAAGAUCCAUUUGGAUGGA